AUGAACGUGAAUGUGACCUCAGUCCUUGCCAUCAUUUUCUUUACAAAUUCUUAUCUUGUUCUUGGUGUUCCAGUAUUCGGUGCUUCCAGUGAGAAGGCACUCUUUAAACUCGGGUCCUUUAAUGAUUCCUCGCUGUCAAAUAAACGUUUAAACCGUACAAAACGCUAUUUUCGUGGUUUCGGUGGAGGCUGUUGCUGUUGUUGCCCAUGCUGUUGCUGCGGUGCGCCUUCAGUACCACCACCAGCACCACCACCUCCACCAACCGUGCCGCCGCCUCCGCCGCCUCCACCACCUCCACCACCACCUUUUACCAGAGAGGAGAUUUUUUGCUGUCAGCCACCGCCAAUUUGUAUACAACCACCCCCUUUUUAUUAUAAACAAGUUGUAACGUGUACAACAGAAAAUGUGCCAAUGCCACCGCCGCCACCGCCGCCACCACCGCCACCACCAGCACCGCCAGCGCCACCAACCUUAGGCUGUGGAUGUUGUUGCUGUGGAAUGGGACGUAGAAAGCGAUCAAUUCAUCGACUCCGUUCUUUACUUUCAGCUAAGAUAUCCCAGUAA